UUAAAACGGCUAUUCCAUAAGCAUAUUGAUCCAUAUGUGGUACAAUGGCAGCCAAAGAACAAUAGAAUGCAUAAACGGCAUUAUGAAGGAGAGGUUGAUAUGACAGGAAUGCCACCACCCGAUUGCCCAAGAUGUGCAUUAUCAGAAGAUGCUUUAAAUAUAUUUAACCUUUCGGAUCCAGAAUUUGACGCAGACUUUUCUACUGGAGAUGAAGAUCUAUGUAAGAAAAAAAAAGCAAAAAAAAGUGGUAGUGCGGGUGCAGAAAAAAGUAGUAAGGGAAGUAAAAGGAAAGAAAGAGACGACGAUGAUAGGAAAGAAAUAGACGACGAUGAUAGGAAUAAAAGAGACGAUGAUGAUAGAAUUAUAUUAUACAAAAGAAGAAAGAAGGAUGAUAAUACUUCACCACUACCUAACAUUAGAGAUCUUGCUGCUACAUGGUUUAAU